AUGAGUUGCCUCUUUGGGCCCUUGGCGUCAGGUGACUCUCCUGCUCCAUCCGGCAGAUUCCUGUCGGCUCCAUCCUCCUCUCUUCCAACUAGGUAUCUUAUCAGUCUCCCUCAGACUCCGCAUCUCCUCUUCUCGUCGGCUGCAUAUCCCGCUACGUCUGACACCAAACACAGACCCCUCGUGAACCACACUUUACUAGCCCCUACUCUCUACCGUACUGUACGGAGUGCUCUCCCAUCAAUUGUUGAUCCUUGCAGUUGCCCGCCGCCACUGCUGUUGGUUAUUAUUAGCAAUCCGGCUUCCACACUGCCGCCCCCAACAUCCAUCCGUCCCAUCCAUCCCAUUGCCUAUCCCCCACGUCGGACAUCUAGAUGGAUGGAGCCAGCGAAUGAGGUGACUGGUCUGCCGCCUCGGCUCCCAUCCUCCUCGCCUCCCCGCAACGCCUCCAGCCCUCACCAUCCGGCCGAUCCCACUGCGAACCCAACCCAUGCCAAUGGCUCCUCCAAGGACCGUCCGGUCUCCGGCAUAGUUCCCCCAUACUGGAGCCAUCACCGCAAUGCAUCGCGCACCUCCCAAACCUCCCUCGAGCCCCUGCCACCCAUUACCCUAGAGGACCACACCGAGGAUCCCAAUUCAGAGACCAGCCGCGGCCUAUGGGCCCGCAGCGUAUCGGUCGAUGACCACGUCGUCGUGCAGGGAAAGACUGGCAUCGGAGCAUAUGUGGUCUGGAACUGCACCAUACAAACUCUGGAGGGAGGACCCAUCACCAUUCGCAUGAGGUAUGCCUCACGACUGUACAUACACUUGACCGCCUACUGA